UCACCUGCCUACCUGCAGCCUUGUCCGGUGGCUCCUCGUCAGCCAAUCAGCGGCUGGAGCGCAGCGGGGCGCGGCUCUGGAGAAGGUGUGCGCACUGAUUUCUGGGAAGAUCAACAAUGUCAGCGCAUCCGAAAGCACGGGACACCCGGUAGGACAGGAAGGACUUUGGGAUAGAGUUCCCUCCUAUACCUUAAGGAUUUGACAAGGGUGACUACUUUGGGACUGCUGUGACAAAAUGAUGCGCUUCCUGUUGCUGUUCAAUCGGCAGGGGAAGCUGCGACUGCAGAAAUGGUUCAUACCAAUAACAGACCGGGAGAAGAAGAAGGUGAUCCGGGACAUGAUAAUGGUAGUGUUAGCCCGUCCGCCACGUUCCUGCAACUUUCUCCAAUGGAGAGACCUCAAGAUCAUUUACAAAAGAUAUGCCAGUUUGUAUUUCUGUGCUGGACUAGAAGCCCAGGAUAAUGAGCUGCUGUCCCUUGAAGUGCUGCACAGAUAUGUCGAGUUGUUGGAUAAAUACUUUGGCAACGUUUGUGAGUUGGACAUCAUUUUCAACUUUGAGAAGGCUUACUUCAUCCUGGACGAAUUCCUGAUGGGAGGAGAAGUCCAAGAAACAUCCAGAGUAGCCGUGGGAGCAUCAAUGGAGGAGGCUGACAUGCUCCAAGAGGUACUUUAAGACACUGGAGGAAUACUUGACCAAACCUGCCUACUGAGCCAAAAGAGGACGAGAGUGUUUCACAUUUCAAAACUUGAAGCAAAUGGUUCAUUUCAAGCAACAUUUUUAUUCAGUGGCUGAUGGUGACUCAUUUGGCGUAACACUGUGGUCAUACAACAACCACAAACGUGCUGAUCUUGUUUCCUCUUAAGGUUUAAGGAUUGGAAUUAUUUUUGAAUAUGUAAGUACCUUUUUAGCGCGAUGUCUGUUAAUCUCAGGGUUUUAUGACAGGAGAUAAGACUCAAAAAAG